AUGAAGGCCGCCAGGUUGGGCCUGCCGAGAGUCUUCGUGUGCUGCUCGAACGUCAUCUUCUUGGCGUCCGGAUUCACCCUGAUGUCUCUGGGGGCUCUGCUGCUGUCCGACAACGAGAGGGUCCUUUUAUCCAGACUCCUUGGUCCAGGAGACGUGCAUCCCGACCAGCCGCUCUUUUACUACGUCGCCUUCGCCGUCGUUGGGGUAGGCUUCGUCAUCGCCGUAACAGGUCUCCUCGGAUGCUGGGCCUCGUGUCUCUUCAAUUGCUGCAUCACCGCCUCGUAUCUCGUUACUUUGGUGCUCCUGCUCCUCGGUGAAUGCACCGUGUGUGUCCUGGCGGUGUUCUGGCCGAAUCUGUUGGGGGUGGACGUGAGACCGGCUCGAUUAGUUAGGGCUCUUCAGAGAAGCUACGCGGUGCCUGGUCGAGAACAGUUCACGGCGGCUUUGGAUUUGGCGCAGACAAUGUUCGCUUGCUGCGGAAUCAACGGGAGCAACAACUAUGGGACGUCCUGGUGGCGUCUUCAGGAAGUGGGCCGGAGGGAACUCGUCGUUCCCCUAAGUUGCUGCCUGUUGAAUAAUACCUAUGAGGUGGAGUCUUUCUUGAACCCCCAGCCGAUGAACCUCACCCUCUGCCAGGCUCUGAACCCCGCAGAACACCAACAAGCUCGGCACACGACGGGCUGCAUCGAGAUGAUCGAGAAAUGGACGCAGGACCAGGCGAUGAUAUUUCUGGGGGUGACGUUGGGGGUCAUCCUGGUGGAAAUUGGAGCCCUGCUGAGCAUCGUCCUGGUGUGCACGAAGGCGACCUCGAAGAAGAAGUCGCAACCGUCGACCUUCACCUCGACGCAGACUCUGAGUCCCUUCGGCGAGAGCGAGCAAGAUUUCGGGUUAGGAAUCGAGAACAGGAUGCACAUGGCGGGGACGACGUUCGGGGCGAAGUCAUGAAGGUGGUUGGAGGGCAGCAAGGGAACGGUGA